AGUUUUCACUAAACGCUGUCGUUUCAAUGAACAAAAUUACAUAUUAAUAUUUUAUAUUGGUUUGGAAAUUUAAAUGCAAAGACAGGGCUUGGAACGAUCGGAGACUAGCAAUUCUAUUCGCGUACCAUCGAAAUCUCAAGUUUCGACAUGGCAACCAAGUACAUCUUAGCUGCUACUGCAGGAACAUUUGCAGUGGCUUGGCUCUGUGAUUACUACAUUUCUGACAAGAAGAUAUUUGGAGGGACUACCCCAGGUACUGUUUCGAACAAGGAAUGGUUGGAGGAAACUGACAAGAAGUUCCAGGCAUGGCCUCGUACAGCCGGUCCACCAGUUGUCAUGAACCCCAUUAGUCGUCAGAAUUUCAUUGUCAAGGCCCAAGCUGAUUCUUGAGGGUUUUGUUGUUUUUUUGUUUUUUUCCCCUUAAUUCAAUAUUCCUAUGUUCUGGCCAAGUUGUUAAUUUUGCUUUUUUAAAGAUGAACCCAGGGCAUGUAAGGGAUUUGUAAUAAGUUGCCAACAACAAAAAGUUGUCUGCAUUUCAGAUUCCUUUUUUGAUACUGGACUGAAAAUUUCAUCAAAGUUUGUUUCGAAAUCUAAAUAGGAGGGCGUCCUAUAAUUACUCCAUUA